CUUCAGCGAUGGCAAAGAUGGAGCUUGCACCAUUCAGACCAUGGGAUGAUUUCUUCCCCGGGGCAGACCGCUUUGCCAAACCCGAUUUUGCUGAUUUAACAAAAUGGAACAACAGAGUGAUUAGCAAUUUACUUUACUAUCAGACGAAUUAUUUCGCCGUGGCUAUCGUGGUUUUCCUCAUUGUGGGGUUUCUGAACCCUAUCGGUAUGUUUCUCGGGGGAGCUGUGGUUACUCUGGUCUUUAUGGGUUCGGUGUGGGCUGGAGAGAACAAGGCUGUGAUCAAGAACUUCAAAAAGAAAAAUCCCACUCUGUUUGUCAUCGGGGUCAUGGGCACCAGUUACUUCCUGCUGUCGCUUUGUGGUGGAGUGAUGGUCUUCAUCUUUGGAAUCACCUUCCCUUUGCUGUUGAUCCUUGUCCAUGCUUCUCUGAGGCUGCGCAACGUGAAAAACAGACUGGAAAACAAGAUUGAGGGUGUCGGGCUGAAGAGGUCCCCCAUGGGGGUCAUCUUGGACCUCCUGGAUCAACAGGAGGAGAAGAUUAACAAGAUACAGGAUUUCAUUGAGGGCAAACUUAAGGAAUAAAAGGAGAGGGAGUGCCAUGGAGUGCCUAGAAAAGCACUAUAAAUGACCAGAUUAUCCAGAUGGUGCCCCAAUACUUAUCAAACCAUGAACUGCUUAUUAAACAGCAAUAAGCACCUGUAGUCGCUCCAGGAUCUGUAUGGAUAAGAUAUUUAGUAGUUCAAUUCUGAGACCAGUUUGCCAAUGAUCCUGGAUAUGGAGCACUCCUGUGGUCAGAAGAUUUGUCCAUACUGUUCCUGCUUGAGUAUGCUCUGAUCACAGCUAUGCAAUAUCGAAAAAGGAAUGGCAAGUGCAGCUUUAUUGUUUGAAUUAUUGUACCUUGGUUGUGUAUGUUUUGUUGUUUUUUUUGUUGUUACAUUUAAGUUUUGAUGUGUUUGUUGUCAUGAUACAGCAUGCAAAAGAGGGAUGCGACUUUGGAAAAGUGUUGCACCAAGACCAAUUUAUGCAUCGAAAAAAAUUAAUGCAAGUUCCCCCUUUUUACUAUCUGUUAACUAUCUGUUAACACCGUGGCAGUUUAUCAUUUUCUAUUUAUUUAAGGAUCUAGUCAAGUAUUUCCCUCGUGGGAAUCCAGAGGGAAAUCGAAUGAAUUUAUGUCGACGUUGUAAAUUCUGUAUCGCUACUCCUGGUAUUAAGUGUAAUUGUUUUUGUCUUGCUUUUGACACAUGCACAUUAACUGCAAUUUAUGUGUGGUAAAUUCACAAAUGGAUGGCAUACUACAUAUCUAUAUAUACAUUUUGGGGUUUCUUUGUUUGUUUGUUUUUUCAAUGUGAGUUGUUUUUUAUUAUCCAUUAUUGAGCAUAACCACAGAAUAGGAAGCAAAACACUCUUAUCCGUUAUGAUAUUAAGUUGACAAUAAAGUGGUUUAUGGGGGCAAAGUAUUUCCAAUCAGUUAUCAGUGUUGGUAAAGAUACAGAUGUAUUCUUUUAUUAUUAUUAAACUGGUGCAUUGCUCUGACUUGCUUCAACAUGA